AUGGCUUAUUUUUUGCCUGCUGUCACCGUGGACUGCGGCACAAACUCCAUCUCCCUGAAAUGGGCUGAAACUCAGUCAUUAAUAGACCCUUCACUUCUCAGGCUGGGUGAUUGUUCUCCCUCUAGUUUUUCUGCAAAGCCUGGGGGAGGAGGCGAGGCUCUGUUCCACGCUGAGUUCAAUGACUGUAAUUUCAUGAGAUUAGUGACUGGAGAUGAGCUGGUGUAUAUGAACAACUUGACUACUGAAGGAGACUUUGUCUUCUCUCAUUUAGUUGUCUGUGCUUAUGAAAAGCCCAGUGACUGGGGUCCACCCCGUUUUGAUCCAGUGUUUUUUCAUACAUAUGGUCAAGGGGAGCUGAUCUUCCACAUGGGAUUAAUGAAGGAUGACUUCAGUGGCCCAUCUCCAUCUACCACAUUCUCUCUGGGAUCAGUUAUCCCCAUUGAAGCCUCAGUGGCACAGCAAGGCCAUCAGCCUCUGCUGCUACUGAUGGAGGAAUGUGUGGCUUCCAUCACCCCAGAACUUGGACCAGAGAGCCAUUUAUAUCCGAUCAUAACCAACAAAGGCUGUUUAACAGAUAGCAAGAAGACAAAUUCAAGGUUUCUACCAAGAAAAAGGGUCUCUGAGCUCAGGUUGUAUCUCCAAGCCUUCAAGUUUGUUCUUGGAGAGGAAAUAUACAUCCACUGUACACUUUUGGCUUGGGAUCCAAAUGACCUGGACAACAGCAAAAAAGCUUGCCAUUAUGACAAAACAAAUGGAGGGUGGGAGCUGCUUGAUGAUCCUUCUCAGAGUGCACUCUGCACAUGCUGUGACACAAACUGCCGAUCCAGAAAUAGAAGGGACAUUGACUCAGAUUCCCAAGGGCUGAGUCAGAGAACUGUACUAGGCCCACUGACUGUUGUGGCAGAGUAA